AUGAAGUGUCUGACUCUAUCGUUUAGUGUGUUAGGAACUACGACAACGUUAUUAUCACAGAUAGUAUUUCAGUUUGCAGUGCUUCUGCAGUUAACACAGGAGGACUGGAAUAAUCUGUUGAAAAAUCAAGAAACGCAGAUUAUAACAUACUACAUCGAGAUCAGUCGGAAGUUUACACUCGCAUAUUUAUAUUGCACGCUUGUAAUUACGUCUUGUUAUGCAUUGACACCUAUUGCCACACAUGUACUUGACAUCAAGUCACCUCUGAAUCAAACAAAACCUAGAAAAUUGUUUUACCCGGCGGAAUACUUAGUGAAUCAAGAAAAGUACUAUUACGUACUUCUGCUAAGCGAGUACGUCGGUUAUAUUUUAUGCGUUUUAAUUGGAGUAACCACCGAUAUCACUUACUUUUUGCUGCUGGAGUAUACCUGUGGAAUGCAUGCUGUAUUAUGUCAUCGCUUGGAGAUUUUAAAUGAACUUUACAAGUUGGAAUGGGUUGACAGUAAUCAAUCGGACGGAAGCAAUGGGAUCAGCUAUCGUGUGCGACGUUGUAUUCAACUGGACAAGAGAAUAAAAGUAUACAUAAAGGAAAUGGAAUCUACUUUUGCGACAAAUCUUUUAAUCGACAUUGCAGUAGGAGCAGUAUUUUAUAUUUGUACGUGCAUAAUGAUUGUGAUUCGAGCGAGACGGUUAUUUGAAAUUUUUCGACUUGUUGCAGUUGCAAUACUGUAUACUUCUCGAUUCUUUUUAAUCAGUUGGACUGGACAGAGAGUGAUUGAUCACAGUUCUGAAAUUCCAACAGCCGUUUAUGAUUGCGUGUGGUAUCGAAUGCCUGUAGAAAUACAAAAGAUGCUAAUGCUAUUAAUUGUAAGAAGUCAGAGGCCUUCCCGAAUGAUACUAGCGGGAAUUUACAUAAUCAAUCUAGAAAGUUUUACUUCGGUAAUGAGAACAUCAGUAUCAUAUUGCACGGUAAUGAUUUCGCUACGCCCAACCAUGGAGAAUAUAUAACUUUCCAUUAGAUUUAUCUCUAGUUAGUUUUUUUCAUGUCUUUCGAGAACUGAGAUAUUAGUGUAAAAGUAUUCGCCCAAUGCUUGUAAUAAAUGUAAAUCAA